CUGCAGGCAUGGCCGCCGCGCUCCUCGCCGCGCCCGCGGUGCACCUGACGCCGCUGAGCGUGCUCUUUGCCGCCUGCUUCCUCCUGCUGCCCCUCUCGCUCUCGCUCCUCUUCUCCCUCGCCCUCUCGCGCGCCCUGCUCCUCUCCGCCGCGCGCGCCGCCGUGCAGCUCGCGCUGCUCGCCAGCCUGCUGCGCCCGCUCUUCGCCGCGCGCAGCGGCGCGGCCGUGGCGGCGCUGGGCGCGGCGCAGGUGGCGCUCAGUGCGCACGAGGUGUGGGCCAACAAGGCGCGCCGCCGCUACGGCGGCAUGGCGGCGCGCAUCCUCGGCGCCAUCGUGCUGGCCACCGUGCCGCUCACCGCGCUGGCGUCGCGCUUCAUCCUGCGCCAGGCGCCGUGGUGGGAGCCGUCGCGCUACGUGCCGCUGCUCGGCAUGGUGCUCGGCAAUGCCAUUUCCGCCGUGACGCUGGGCAGCAACCACGUGUUGUCGGUAUUUGAUUCGCAAAGAGAUACGGUCGAGGUGCUCCUCACGCACGGCGCCUCGCGCUUUGAGGCGUGCAGGCCCGUGGCGGCAGAGGCCCUGCGCACGGCACUGCUGCCCGUGCUCAACCAGAUGAGCGUCGUGGGUCUGAUCUCGAUUCCCGGGAUGAUGACGGGUGCGAUACUGGGCGGCGCAAGUGUCGCACAAGCUGCCUAUCUACAGGUGACGUUGCCCUUGCUUCCACCCUUGCCCCUUGGCUCUCUCUGCCCACGCUGACGCACUCUCUUUUCGCAAGGUCAUCAUU